GAGCGUCCAUGCUAGGGGUUUGUUUUGGUUCUCCUUUGCAGAUCCACGAAGAAAACUAUUCGAUUGUCGAGUAACUUUUUAAGAUUAAUUGUUUUUUUAGCAAUAGGAUAAAUAUGUAAAACGCACUUGGUGACCAGGAGUAUUACGAUCAUUAACAGGUCCAUCAUUCUCUACUGUGACAUAUUGUGAAUACCAGACAGCAAACCAAAUCAUGGCAUAUCGCAAUGGCCGAAAUACACUUAGAGAGAAAUAUGAAGAGUGCAUUUUAGCGGAUUCGAGAGAGGUGACAGUCCAUCGAGUUGUCAAUAUUGUGGAAAAGGGGAACUCCAUGCCUCGGACAAAUGUGAACUAUGGUUCUAAAAGUUCGAAUUUUUCAAUGUGGAAUGAUGGUCCUCGGAAUUACCAGGACAGUUACCCAGCGAAUGAUCGUCGAUAUUUUGAUGAUAAUUCAAACAACAACAAUUUUCGCAGAAAUUCCUCACCUCCAAGAAAUGAGGACCAUUAUUCCCAGCAGCCCUAUGACAGAGAUGAUUUAAGGCACCAGUUAGCCUCAAGGAGCAAUAGAAGAGGCGCUCCCUAUUUCCGCGGCAGAGGUCGAGGGUCAGGCCCUCCUUUAAGUAGAGAAGACCGUGACGAGUACAGACGCACUCCUCUACCUAAAGGAAUGAAACGGGAACGCUCUCCUGGACGAAGGGAAGCACACCCACCUGUACCUGUCCGCUCGCUAUCUAACACCAGCAGCAGGAGCUUCUCCCCCGACAGGGAGAGGAAUUUAACCUACCAGCAGUCUCUGCAAAAGCAUAAGACCAGUGCGAGCCACACUCCCAGCCCCUCUUUUGAGGGGUCUCCUCACAGCUCUGGAUCUGCAAAGGAAAAAGCUCCUGCAUCUGUAGCGGAGACGGAGGAGUUGGUGGAGGCCAGCAUGGAGGCCAGCAUGGAGGCCAGCUUUGAGGCCAGCGUGGAGGCCAGCGUGGAGGCCAGCGUGGAGCCAAGCGUGGAGCAAAGCGUGGAGCCAAGCGUGGAGCCAAGCGUGGAGCCAAGCGUGGAGCCAAGCGUGGAGCCAAGCGUGGAGCCAAGCGUGGAGCAAAACGUGGAGCCAAGCGUGGAGCAAAGCGUGGAGCCAAGCGUGGAGCCACAGCCGACACCAGACCAAGACUUCAAGGCUCGCCGGUCGGAGGCCAUUAAGGCUAAGGCUCUGGAAAUUGAGAAGCAUUACAGGCAGGACUGUGAGACAUUUCGCACAGUGGUGAAGAUGUUGGUGGCCAAGGAACCCACCUUGAAUAGUUUGCUACAGGCUCCGCUGGAUAAUAAUCUUCUGGAGAUCAAAGAGCGCUGCCUUGAUGCCCUCAGGCACUUUGUGAAGGAGCUGGAUGAGGUAUUAUAGUAGCUGUACAACUCAGCAGAAGCUACAAGUCAAAAAAUGUGUUCUUUACAUGUAUUUAAAACCUGUAUUACAUUCUUUAACCAACAAUUAGUAACAGUGAUUCAUGAACCAUGUUAAAGAAAAACUGUCAAAUAUGUUUUUAAAUGUCAAUUGUCUUGCUUUGUCUCAUUGAUAAAUCUACUGAUUAAUGUAAUAAUGAAACUUUCCAAUCAAAUCACGUGUAUCAGUUAGUGAUAUGAAGUGAAUUCUACUAUCUGUAUUUCUUGCAAAUCAAGACAAAGAGUGCAACUAACACGAACUGUAACCAGUAUUCUCAAACCAGUAUCGAAGGGUCAAACUCCAAUAAUGUUUCUCAGAUGUUUUUAUUUUAUUAUAUAUAACAUUUACUGACUUUCUAUAUAUAGAACAUGCAUUUGUAUUGUCUUUUAGAUGUCUUUUUAGUUACACUUUUAAAUAAAAGCUGAGGCAUUAAAUAUA